UUCUCAGUCUCAGUCCUUCCUCACAAUUUCGUGCGCCUCGUCACCCGGCAAUCUCUCCGCCGGCGACGGGAGACGAGAGACGAGACAACAUGCCAGACCCUCUUCUGCACCCGAGCCUUCUCGCAGGCGUGGAGUGAAGAAGCGAAUGAUCCCGACUUUGAUAUGUUUCUUCUUUUACUGGUGAUGUUGCAAUCAAAUCCAAAUCUAACCGAGCUCUCCACAGAUUACGCCAGUGUUCUUCAGCGCGCAAGAUCGAUUUCAGUUGACCCCACAAGAGUCGCCGCAGUUUAUAUUCCAAGAAUCUUUUAGGGGGAUUCAGUUGAACCUCCAUGCCCGCGCUGAGACUUCCCCUGGAAAUCAAGAUUCAAGAACCAUCUCCAUCAAUGGAUGACGCGGGAGGGGACAUACUCCCGUCUCUCGGCCGCGUGCGCCUCGGUGAUCUCGCGGCCGUCGAGGGCCUCGCUUCCGACAGCUACAAGAUAUGCGUAUCGACACUGAUGCAGUCGCUGGCUCAGUACUCGGCAGCCAUCAUCCAGCUGCCUCCGGCCGAUGCUGCCCUCUUAAGGUCUGGUCUGGACUCGGCUCGCCUCUUCUUCCACCAGUGAGUGUAUGAUUCGGUGGGCGAUGUUGUCCAUUCGGAUGACGCCCGCGAGUGGAAGACAUCUUGUUACUACGCAGAUCCUCAAAUGUGGCUGGAAAUGUAUGAUUAUAGGCCUGGUGUUAGUGUCAGAGAGCAUGGUGGCGCAAUGGAAUUGUCUCCGUCUGGGCUGCCCGACAUAUUUUCAAUGCUUGGGAAAGUUUGCCGAGAUAUCUUGGAUGCGGUUAGCUUCUCACUGAAUCUCCGUAGUUGUGUGUUUACUGAGAUACUCGGCAACAUGCCAUUGAGAAGCCAGGAAGUGUCGUCCUCUGUUCUUUCAGCAUGUUGCCAUUCGAGGCCAUCAUUUGAAGAAGCACAGCAGCAUGGUAUUGCUUCUCCUGAUGACAGUCAAUUGCUCGUGUUUUCUGAGCAGGAGCAACAGAUCGACAAGGCUUUGCUUACACUAGUUAAGUCUGAUAGGUCAGGCUUAUAUAUCAAGGACUUGCAUGGGCGCUGGAUUCUUGUUGAUGGGGACCUUGGUCCACAUGAUAUUGUUGUAUAUCCUGGCCUUGCACUUUAUCAGGAAACCUCUGGCUAUGUAAAUCCAGCUGUGCACAAGACAGAGGUUGGAAAUUUGCAGGAAUGUAUGUUUGGGCGUUGUUCUUUGGCGUUUAAGCUCACACCGAGAUUUGUUGCUAGGCCUGGUGGUUCAGAGAUGGGAGCUGCUGGUCAUGGUGUUGAUACUCAGUUUCAGGCCCCCAUAACAGUUACUGAGUUCAUGCAAACAAAUCGUUCCGCUGAUCAACUUUUUCCCAAGAACAAUGAAUCAUCAUCCCAGUCAGAGCAGGAUGGAGCCAAUCUCUGUAAAUCUAUAUGUGCUACCAACCCUGGAUACUUUUUGACUUGCCAAGGUUGGCCAGUAGUCUGAUGAUCUCGCCACAUGUUUGAGGAGCUGAUCAUGUACUGACACCCAGACACCGUUGACAUAUAUACCCGUAGUGUUCAGCUCGUGUAGUUAGAAACUACCUUGUGAACUGUAGAUGGUAAAUGGUUGCUGCUUCAUGGCCCUACUUCACCGUGCGGUCGUGUUGCAGAUAUGGCGGCAAACUUGGAGAUCUUGGGCUUCUAGCUGUGUGAUGAAACUCUUCAUUUGGUUGGCCAUCUAGGAGCCUGGACCUUGUAGCGAGGAGACCAUGCAGCACCUUCCGAGCGGCCAAAUCUGGUAUGAGGAACUGUUCGACAAGUUUUAUUGAGUCGACUGACAAGGCCUUCAAU